CUCACCACUGCAGGCACCAAGAGCUCGUACAUAAGACAACCAAAGAUCACGUACACGUUCGCCCAGUCAAGAGGCCGCCGCGCAUCCACCUGCGUAAAUUCACCGCCUGCGCACGCACAAUCCUUUAUCCCACCCUCACCACCACCCAUACCGCGACUAUGCUCGGCGUCGCAGGCAUGCAGCCCCGGCAACUCGCCGCGCAAGUCCUGAACUUCGCGCUCGUCCUCUCGACCGCAUUCAUGCUAUGGAAGGGUCUCUCCAUAGCUAGCGACUCGCCUUCACCCAUCGUCGUUGUGCUUUCAGGGUCCAUGGAGCCCGCGUUCCAGAGGGGAGAUCUGCUGUUCUUGUGGAACCGGGGACUGGAUACACAGGUCGGAGAGAUUGUGGUGUACAACGUCAAGGGCAAGGAUAUCCCGAUUGUGCACAGGGUGGUGCGGAGGUAUGGUGGAAACAAGACGCCCCUCCGUCUGCUCACCAAGGGCGACAACAACCUCGCGGACGACACCGAGCUCUACGCGCAGGGCCAGUCCUUCCUCAACCGCAAGGAGGAUGUCAUUGGUAGUGUGGUCGGCUUCAUUCCCUUCGUAGGCUACGUCACAAUCUUGCUGAGCGAGCACCCAUGGCUGAAGCAGGUCAUGCUGGGAAUAAUGGGGUUGAUGGUGGUGUUACAGAGGGAAUGAUGUGGAGAGAGCCGUCGAGUGGGAACGCCGCGAGCAUACUGGACAUGUUGCAGACGGGCCAUACCAACGGAUGGAGACGCGCUGGAGUGCACAUUGGCUUGAGGCCGUGUACCACUGCAGCUAUUAUAGCAGAGCAGGGCGUUUGGGCUGUCACACGAAUAUUGGAAUGAAAUAACCGUUCUAUAGGAAGCCAGUG